AGACGACGGGAAGACGGCGGCAUCCGCAGACACCGAACCACCCACCACCUCCAACAUCGUCGUCCUCGUCAUCUCGACUGCCUUCGCUGAUGAGUAAUCGGAACGGUGGUGGAGGAGGAGGAGACUAUCAGGACGUGAUCGAGUCUCUUCGUCGUACACAGCUCAUCUUUGAGGAGGACGAUAAUAAUAGUAGCGAUUCGGCUCCGCAAGCGAAUCAUCUAUCCAGACAUCAGACUAGCAAUUCUUUAGUCGAAGAUAUGGUUAAUCACUCAAAUGGCAACCCUCCACCGGUCCCGCCAGGCAUCACACAACAGCAAUGUCAAAUCGGAUUGACACCUCGGAUGUCGGCAUCGCCACCGUCUGCAGUGUCAACAAUCUCUGGAACCGCAGUGCUUGGCAAAACGAUGGCCAGAGUUCAGAGUAAUCCCCCGGGAAGUAUACCGCACAACACAACGACGACCGCGCAAGGAAUCCAAAGCGUCGCACCACAUAUUCCAAUCGGCGGCGGUGGAGCCACCGACGACAGCAGUGCAGAGAUCUUGUCGGUGUUUGAGUGCCCGGUAUGCCUGGAGUACAUGCUGCCACCAUACAUGCAGUGCUCAUCCGGACAUCUUGUCUGCUCGAACUGCAGACCAAAGCUUCAGUGCUGCCCGACUUGUCGGGGUCCAACUCCUUCUGUCCGCAACCUGGGCCUCGAGAAGAUCGCCAACACCGUCCGCUUUCCAUGCAAAUUCUCUACGUCCGGCUGCCCCCUGAACUUCCAUCACGCUGAUAAGACCGAGCACGAGGAGCUCUGCGAAUUCCGACCCUACUGCUGCCCGUGCCCUGGAGCUAGCUGCAAGUGGCAGGGAGGCUUGUCGGAUGUGAUGGAGCAUUUGAAGAAGAUCCACAAGAGCAUCACGACGCUUCAAGGCGAGGAUAUCGUCUUCCUGGCCACUGACAUCAAUCUUCCUGGAGCAGUUGACUGGGUUAUGAUGCAGAGCUGCUUUGACUAUAAUUUUAUGUUGGUGCUCGAGAAGCAGGAAAAGUACGAUCCAGCUCAGCCAACUCAGAUGUUCUACGCAGUCGUUCAGCUGAUUGGCUCGAAGAAGGAAGCUGAUAACUUUGUGUACCGGCUUGAGCUAUCGGCGAGCCGCCGGAGAAUGUCAUGGGAAGCCACACCGAGAAGCAUCCACGAGGGGGUGGUAGUGGCCAUUCAACAGUCGGAUUGCCUAGCGUUCGAUUCAAAUGCUGCACAGCUUUUUGCAGAAAACGGAAACCUUGGAAUCAACGUCACUAUUAGCCGAAUAGAUACUCCACAGAGGCGCCACCCAAAUGAGUUGGAAAAUUCUGAUCUCGAGUACGACUAGAUAUGCACAGUGUAAACGUAAUAAAAUUAUUUUUGAUUUUUUUCUUCAAAAAUGUGAUGAAAAGCUUAAAAAAUUCAGUUGAAAAUCCCCUUACAAUCAGAACAUUUUAAAAAAUUUAAAAAUUAAAAAAAUUUUUUU